AUGAGAGUAUUCCAAUGCGCCGUAAUGGGUUCAGGAGGAGUAGGUAAAUCAGCUAUAACAGUAAGGUUCAUCAAUGGAUCUUAUCUAGAAUGGUAUGAUCCCACGAAUCGUAAACAGUUUAGUGUGGAUAGCCAACCUUGUUUACUUGAGAUAUUGGAUACAGCCGGCAUAGAUCAGUACCUAACAUUAAAUGAUAUGUUCAUACGCGAAUCAGAAGGUUUCGUCUUAGUAUUUUCCCUGUGUCAAAGAGAUACAUUCGAAGAGAUCAUACGUACCUACGAAGCUAUAAGGCGUAUCAAAUUACCAGAGGGUAAUCAAAUCGUACCGUUGGUGAUAGUAGGGAAUAAAUCAGAUUUGAUAGAUGAAAGAGAAGUAGAUGCUACCGAAGCUGAGAAACUAGCUAUGGAAUGGAAAUGCAGUUAUUACGAGACUUCAGCGCGAACAUCAACCAACAUCUCACCGGUGUUCGAAGAUAUAGUCCGUCAGUUACGUCGUAAUGACCUGAUACGCAGACAGGAGAGGGAGAGGGAUCCGAAUCAUAGUAAGAGGAAGAGAAUGAAAAGUAAGAAGUGCAUUAUCUUGUAA